UCCACGUGGGUAGAACGUAAACCAUCUGGAAAAGCGCGCCAUAACUGAGGAUUGACUUCUUGAAGUUUUUUUUCUUCUCAAUGGGUGACAAGGUUUUACUGGUCGGUGGAGGAGGAAGAGAGCAUGCCAUUGGAUGGAAGCUUUCCCAAUCAAAUCAUGUCGGGCAAGUCUUUGUUGCACCGGGCAAUGCGGGAACUUCUUUACAACCGAAAACACAGAACAUUCCUUCCACAAGCGUCGAUUGCAACGAUAACGAAAGCGUCGUUGAAUACUGUGUAGAGAACAAAAUAGACUUUGUUAUUAUUGGACCCGAAGUACCGUUAGCGAAUGGUUUAGCUGAUGCGCUACGGGAUAUGAAAAUCCCUUGUUUUGGGCCGAGUCGCAGAGCUGCUCGGAUCGAGUCAAGCAAACAGUUCGCCAAAGAGUUCAUGCAGCGCCACGGUAUUCCAACGGCGCGAUGGAAGGCCUUUACUGACCCAGAGGAAGCGUGUAAACAUAUUGAAUCAGCUGAUUAUGAAGCUCUGGUGAUAAAAGCCAGCGGUCUAGCCGCUGGGAAAGGUGUUGUUGUUGCCAGUAGGAAAGAAGAGGCUGUGAAAGCUGUCAGAGAAAUGCUUCAGGACAAGAUAUUUGGCGAGGCAGGGUCAACAAUCGUGAUUGAAGAAAAAUUAGAAGGAGAGGAGGUUUCUGUUCUCUGUUUCACCGAUGGUAAGACAAUUGCUAUAAUGCCUCCUGCUCAAGAUCAUAAGCGCUUAUUAGACAAUGAUCAAGGUCCUAACACAGGAGGAAUGGGUGCAUAUGCACCUUGUCCACAGGUUUCCAUGCAUCUGAAGGAAGAAAUAGCCAGAGAUGUUCUCCAGAAGACAGUUGAUGGUUUAAGGGAAGAAGAGUGUCCAUUUGUUGGAGUUCUCUUUGCCGGAAUGAUGUUAACAGCUAAUGGUCCCAGGGUUCUGGAGUUUAAUUGUCGGUUUGGUGAUCCAGAGACACAAGUUAUAUUGCCACUACUGAAGAGUGAUCUCUAUGCAACCCUUCUGGAAUGUGUAAAUGGUGAAUUAAGCCUUUCCCUACCCCAGUGGCAUACAGACAGGUUUGCUGUGGGUGUCGUUGCAGCUAGUGGUGGAUAUCCUGGUUCAGUUAAGAAAGGGUGUGUCCUCAAGGGCUUGAGAGACUUGGAGGGUCAAAAUAAUGUAGUGGUGUUUCAUGCUGGGACAGCCAUCCAAAGAAAAGAAGAUGACAAAGUUUUAGUUACUUCUGGUGGAAGGGUGAUGGCAGUUGUUGGCUUGGCAACAGGAAUAGAAGAUGCUCAGAAAACAGCAUAUGAUAGUAUCAAGAAGGUUAUGUUUGAGGGGAUUCAGUACAGGAAGGAUAUUGCAUCUAGAGCUUGCAGAGCCAGGGGCCUAACCUACUCUGCUGCUGGAGUGGACAUAGAUGCAGGCAACCUUCUGGUGAAUGCAAUCAAGCCCCUAGCUGCCUCUACAGCUCGGACUGGUUGUACAGGUGAUCUUGGUGGCUUUGGAGGCUUCUUUGAUCUCAAGGCUGCUGGCUACUCAGAUCCAUUGCUUGUUAGUGGCACGGAUGGUGUUGGAACUAAACUCAAGAUUGCUCAGACUGUUGGCAUGCAUAGCUCAGUUGGUAUUGAUCUGGUUGCAAUGUGUGUGAAUGACAUUCUUGCACAUGGUGCUGAGCCGCUGUAUUUUCUGGAUUACUUUGCGACUGGCAAGCUCGAUGUGGGUGUGGCCAAGGAGGUGAUUCUUGGUGUAGCUCGAGGCUGUUCUCAAGCAGGAUGUGCUCUGUUAGGAGGAGAAACAGCAGAAAUGCCAGGAAUGUACUCAUUUGGAGAAUAUGAUGUGGCUGGUUUUGCUGUUGGUGCUGUAGAACGUAACAAAGUUCUUCCAAGGACACAGGAUAUCAUUGUGGAUGAUUUAGUCAUUGGGUUGGCUUCAUCUGGCAUCCAUAGUAAUGGCUUCAGCUUAGUCAGGAAAAUCAUCGACAAGGCUGGACUGAGUUAUGAUUCUCCAUGUCCUUUCUCAACCACUGAAGGCCUUCAGUCUGUUACUAAAUUAGGUGAAGCUCUUCUUUCACCAACCAAGAUUUACUGCCAGGCUGUUCUUCCCCUGAUGCAAGCCAGGAAAGUUAAGGCUUUUGCACAUAUAACAGGAGGAGGUCUAACUGAAAACAUUCCACGUGUCUUGCCCCACGGCUUGGGCGUGUCACUUGAUGCUAGCUCUUGGAGUAUUCCAGCAGUGUUUGGGUGGAUAUUUGGACAAGGGAAUGUAGCAACGCUUGAAAUGGUACGGACUUUCAACUGCGGUAUUGGAGCAGGCCUUGUUGUUGGUCAAGAAACGGCUGCCUCAGUUAUGGAACAUCUUACAGCAUUGAAUGAAAAAGCUUGGAUUAUAGGCAAAGUCACUGAAAAUAAGGAAGACAUUGAUAAAGUUAUUGUGAACAAUCUUGAAAGUGUGUUUUGUGAGUCUGCUAGAAAGGCAAACAUCAAUCACCAGGAUGAGAAUGAAACGAUUAAAGGACCAAAACUAAGUAAUGUGGAAAUGCACUGUAGAAAGAAAAUGAAAGUAGGGGUGCUUAUUUCAGGCUCAGGAACAAACUUGCAAGCUCUGAUUGAUCAGAGCUUGAGGCAGGACAGUAGUGCAGAGAUUGCUGUGGUCAUAUCAAAUGUACCUGGUGUACAGGGUCUAACCCGGGCUCAAACAGCUGCUAUCCCAACUAAAGUUAUUAAGCACAAGGAUUUCAAAAGCCGUUUGGAUUUUGAUAUGGCAGUUCAUGCAGCAUUGAAGGAGGCUGGAGUGGAACUGGUUUGUUUAGCAGGAUUUAUGAGGAUUGUUACGGGCGAGUUUGUUCGGAAGUGGCGCGGUCGGUUACUGAAUAUUCACCCUUCAUUGCUUCCUUCAUUCAAAGGCAUGCAUGCACACAAACUUGUGUUGGAGGCAGGUGUCUGUAUUUCUGGAUGUACAGUUCACUUUGUGGAGGAAGAGGUUGAUGCAGGUGCAAUAGUGACUCAAGAAGCAGUGGAAGUUAAGCACAAUGACACUGUGGAAACACUGCAAGAAAGAGUGAAAACUGCUGAGCACAGAGCAUACCCACGGGCUAUGGAACUGCUAGCAAGUGGCAGAAUAAAACUAAAUGACCAGAACAAAGUUCAGUGGAUGUGGUAGGUGCCACUGCACAAGACUGUUUGAACGGUUGUGUAUUUUUAAAAACUGCAUUAGUAAUGUAAUAAGCUGCAUGCAUUCAUUGAAUGAAGGACAUGAAAUAUUACUAGCAUUAAUGCAUGCUUGGCUUCAUACAAGGUGGUGUGUUAACAAAACUGAUAAAGUAUCUAUGUAAAAUAUUUCAAUGACUAGAAAUAUUAUCAUGACUGGAAAACAUUUUGAUUCAGUUGACAAUGAAUUAUAUAAGGUAAGUCCUAGUUGAAUACAUAGUCCAACAGGGGUA